UUCUAUCUCUCUAAAACUCGAAUCCCCUUCUGUUUGCUCGAAUUAGGCUUUAAAAUCAGUUUUCCCCGAGUUGCACGGCCAGGGUGCACGGCCGUGCACAUCACCAUUCUGGCCGUGCACCCUAAAACGCGCCGUUUCAUUUAUUCGCCUUCAUCCAUCUUGCACGGCCAGGCGCACGGCCGUGCACAUCUGGAUUGUGCCCGUGCAAGCUCUCGCACCAACCCGCACGGCCAGGUUUGUAUGUUGCACGGCCGUGCGGUUCUUUGCUUUGCCCGUGCAAGCUCU